AUGAGCGCGCCCGGCCCCGACGGCGCGGCCAAGCCCCUGCAGGCCCGCGUGGACCACCUGCUGAGCGCCGUGGAGAGCGAGCUGCGCGCGGGCAGCGAGAAGGGCGACCCCACUGAGCGCGAGCUGCGCGUGGGCCUGGAGGAGAGCGAGCUGUGGCUGCGCUUCAAGGAGCUCACCAACGAGAUGAUCGUCACCAAGAACGGCAGGAGGAUGUUCCCCGUGCUGAAGGUGAACGUGGCCGGCCUGGACCCCAACGCCAUGUACUCCUUCCUGCUGGACUUCGUGGCCGCCGACGGCCACCGCUGGAAGUACGUGAAUGGGGAGUGGGUGCCGGGGGGCAAGCCCGAGCCGCAGGCGCCCAGCUGUGUCUACAUCCACCCCGACUCGCCCAACUUCGGCGCACACUGGAUGAAGGCCCCAGUCUCCUUCAGCAAAGUCAAGCUCACAAACAAGCUCAACGGAGGGGGACAGAUCAUGCUAAACUCCCUGCACAAGUACGAGCCCCGCAUCCACAUAGUGAGGGUCGGGGGGCCGCAGCGCAUGAUCACCAGCCACUGCUUCCCGGAGACCCAGUUCAUAGCUGUGACGGCGUACCAGAACGAGGAGAUCACGGCCCUGAAAAUCAAGUACAACCCGUUCGCGAAGGCUUUCCUGGAUGCCAAGGAGAGAAGUGACCACAAGGAGCUAGUGGAGGACGCCGGGGACCAGCAGGCCGCCUACUCCCAGUCUGGGCCGUGGCUCCUCCCCGGGACGGGCAGCCUGUGCCCGCCGGCCAGCCCGCACCCCCAGUUUGGAGGGGCCCUCCCCCUGCCCCCCACGCACGGCUGUGAGCGGUACCCCGCGCUGAGGGCACACCGCCCGGCCCCCUACCCCAGCGCCUACACGCACCGCAACAACUCGCCGACCUACCCGGACAACUCCUCUGCCUGCCUGUCCGUGCUCCCGUCCCAUGACGCCUGGCCCGGCCUGGGGCUGCCCCCGCCCACCACCGUGCUGCCCGUGGGUGCUGCCAGCGCCGCCCCCGGGGGCUCCAGCCAGUAUCCCAGCCUGUGGUCAGUGAGCAGCGGGGCCGUGCCCCCGGGACCCCCGCCGGCAGGAGUGCCCAGCGGGCUGGGCGCCCAGUUCUUCAGAGGCUCCCCGGCCCACACGGCCCCCCUCAGCCACCCCGUGCCGGCCGCCGCGCCCUCCGGCUCGCCCCUGUACGAGGGGCCCGCCGCGGCCACAGACAUUGCCGACAGCCAGUACGACGCCGCGGCCCAGGCCCGCCUCCUGGCCUCGUGGCUGCCUGUGUCGCCGCCCUCCCUGUGA